CGCUGUGCUGUUGUCUCUCAGCCAUGUCUGGUCGCGGCAAGGGCGGGAAGGGCCUGGGCAAGGGAGGCGCCAAGCGCCACCGCAAGGUGCUGCGCGACAACAUCCAGGGCAUCACCAAGCCCGCCAUCCGGCGGCUGGCCCGGCGCGGCGGCGUCAAGCGCAUCUCCGGCCUCAUCUACGAGGAGACCCGCGGGGUGCUCAAGGUGUUCCUGGAGAACGUGAUCCGCGACGCCGUCACCUACACGGAGCACGCCAAGCGCAAGACGGUCACGGCCAUGGACGUGGUCUACGCGCUCAAGCGCCAGGGCCGCACCCUCUACGGCUUCGGGGGCUGAGCCUCUGCCCUCGGGUUUGGUUUCUGUGAAAAUCCUAAAGG